ACCACUAUGGUGACAGCUCAUUAUAAUGACAAUGUAAACCCAAUUCAUGAGAAGGUCGACUUGUUUACGUUAGCUAGUUCCGUCUGCACACAAGCAAGCCUUAGAGCAGACAUGUAGGGUCUGAGAGCUUCUGUAACUAUGCCCAAUGCAUCUAAAAUAACAAAAGGUUGAAACAUCAGCGAAACGUGGAAUUUUCAAGUCAUAAAUCUUGAGUCUUGACGGUGAAGAGAAAAUGCGCUAUUACUCUUGACACAUCAAGUUUCUCUGUGUAUCGUUCGAGUCAUACCUGUGUUGUCUCAGAAAUCGGUCAUUCUCUCUUCGUUUGCUUUGGACGCUCGCUGAUGAUAUGCGAAAUCAUGCACUGAGGCGGUUUUUGUCAGCCGAAAGUGUGAGUCUACAAAAGAAGCUGCCAGACGGUGGACAUUGAUAACCAAGUGUACACUCGGCAUCCAGCCCUCGGCGUCUGUUCCCAAGCUGCGUUUUAUCUUACACAAGGAUGUGCCUAAAUGUUUGAGGUACACAGGUGACGUGCUUGACCCCGUUCAUCUUGCCGGUGACACCACUGAUAUUUCACGACAUGUAAGUCCCACCAAUCCAUUGCCUUCCACCCAACCCACCCCAUCCUCAUCCACAGACAAUUUUGUUUGUACACGCCUGUUGCUGAUCCUUAUCUAUUUAAGCGUUUGUUGGAGGCUCUUCAGUGAAUGCCGGUAGGUUUUUACAAGAUUGCCAUCAGGAAGCAAGACAGCCAACUCACUCAUAUGUUCAUCGGCUUUAAAAAAUCUCAGACCGUAGUCAGUACACAUGUCGCCUAAAAAAUUCUCGCCGUCUGUGGAUCUGGAACUGGCCGUCAAACCCAACAACUCUGAAGAACCAGAAGUGAGAGUUACAAAAAGGGAGCAAUGGAGCAGAGCCUUCGACUUUCUCCUCGCCUGCAUCGGCUUUUCUGUGGGCCUGGGCAACGUGUGGCGCUUCCCAUACCUCUGCUAUAAGAACGGGGGAGGUGCCUUCUUAAUCCCCUACGUUUUGUGCGUGGUGUUUGGCAGUCUUCCUCUUUUCUACCUGGAAGUAGCUGUUGGACAGUUUAUGAAUCGUGGGGGUCUACAGUGCUGGAACCUGGUGCCUAUCUUACAAGGCAUUGGUCUGGCUUCCUGCAUCAUCGUCUUUUUCCUCAACUGCUACUACAACGUCAUCCUCAGCUGGGCUUUUUACUACUUUUUCGCGUCCUUCACCUCUGAACUGCCGUGGGUCAAGUGCGGUAACUACUGGAACUCCCCGGACCUGUGUGCGCUCCCCGAAGACUAUGAAUCCAAGGUGAAUGAGAGUGGUGACCCGAACAUCACCAGCAGGCUGAUCGACCCUGUGACAGAGUACUGGGAAAACAAAGUGUUAAGCAUUUCUGGCGGCAUCGAUCAGGUGGGCACCGUCAAGUGGGACCUGGCCCUCUGCCUUCUUCUCGCCUGGAUCGUCGUUUACGCCUGCAUCUGCAAAGGCAUCCGGUCAUCCGGCAAGGUGAUGUAUGUUACGGCGACCUCACCCUACGUUUUCAUGCUCAUCCUUCUCGUUCGAAACUCGAUGUUGGACGGGGCUAGCGAUGGUGUCAAGUUUUAUCUCACGCCGAACAUUACGAAGCUGGGUGAGAUGCAGGUGUGGGUGGACGCUGGAACUCAAGUUUUCUUUUCGUCGUCUAUUGCCCUUGGUACCCUGGCGGCUCUGGGAAGCUACAAUAAAUUUAACCACAACUCCUACAGGGACUCUGUGGCGUUCACCUGUGUCAAUAGCGGGACUUCUUUCCUCGCUGGCUUCAUCGUCUUCACCAUCCUGGGUUACAUGGCCAAGCUGCAGAACCGCCCUGUCAGCGAAGUGGCUGAGUCGGGUCCUGGCCUCGCUUUCAUUGCAUAUCCCAAGGCUGUGGCCCAGAUGCCCAUUGCACCUUUGUGGUCCGUCUUCUUCUUCCUUAUGAUGAUCCUGCUGGGGUUGGACAGCCAGUUUGUUGGUGUCGAAGGAGUGAUCACGACUGUCGUUGACCAGUACCCCAAUUUACUAAGGAAAGGUCAUCGAAAGGAGAUCUUCACUGCCUUUGCUUGCAUCGUUAUGUUCUUAAUCGGCCUUUCUAUGGUUACGAAAGGAGGAAUGUACGUGUUCCAGUUGUUUGACUACUACUCUGGAAGCAGAAUUAUUCUGCUGGUCGCUUUUUUUGAGCUCGUCGGGGUGUCCUAUAUCUAUGGUAUCCGGCGUUUCUAUGACAAUGUGCGAAUGAUGCUUGGUGAUGUAUGGAUUGCGAAAACACUGCCCUACAUGGUGGUCUGUUGGACAGUUCUGUCUCCUGUAUUUUGCUUGGCAGUCUUCGUUAUGAGCGCAAUAAACUAUUCAGAACUAGACUACAAACGACCUCGCAGCACCUACACCUACCCUGGAUGGGCAGUGGGUAUCGGGUGGACGCUGGCGGCCAGCUCCGCCGUGUGGAUUCCGUUAGUGGGCUUCUACAAGUGGAUCAAACAUGGCAUGUCAAUGGAGGCUCUGCGUCUGCUGUGCAAGCCUUACGGGCUGAAAGAACACCAGCUUCGUGAGAAGGAUCUUGGAGAGAUCACUCUAGCAAAGCUCGAACGGAAAAGAAAUGGUGCAGAUACAGGUUCUAAUGUUGCUCACAGCACUCAGAAUGGUCAGGUCAAUCUUGCCUUUGACGCUAGUUCGCCUUGUCCAGCAGAGAACCAAAGACUCUGAUGAAACGUACGAAAAAACUCCAGAAUAUAUUUCCUGGAAAGAAUUUAUCAUUUUACUUGAAGGUUUGAUGUCUCUUUUCAAGGCAUUAACUUCUCAUAUUGUUUCCUGAACGAAGUGAACCUCAAUAAAUUGUUGAUUUUUAAACAGA